AUGUCAACGGAUGAAAAACACUCAACACUUCAGGAAGCUAGUGGGCAACAAGGAGUCACUGAGCCAAGCAACAGUGACUUUCUAGCUUGGUUUGACCACAGUGAAAUACAAAACUUGCAUGACGCUCCACGGCGCAAACGACGAAAGAGGUUUUUAAAGGCCGACAAAGAUUGCUCGCAUGCGUCUCAGCAUGGAGAGGUAUACCCUAACUAUGAUGUCCACAGUGAUUUUGAUGACGUGUUUACGACGGAUCCUGGAAUCAGAGAACCAACAAAAGAAGUGGUCAAGCACAGCUGGAUCAUGCUUAACAGCCCAUUUUCUCAGCACACAAGUAGAGGUAUCGAUACCCAAAAUGGCUGCUUGGGUUUGACGCCGGUUUCAGAUUCUCCAGUCGGUCAGUUAAUAAGUGAUAUGCAAAGUUUUACUUUUAAGGGAUCAAUGAAACGCUUUGCUUCCCAGAGACCGAAACGAAAGAAGCGCGCUAGCUGAAGAUUAUUCGGAAAGAGAGCGAUUGUUACCAUACACCGGAACCUCGAUCUAACGAAGUGUCAAGGAAUGGAAAAAUUUGUUCGCUAUAACGAGGUUUGGUUAUUCAGGCCAUUCGGCUUUCCCCGAUGGAGGCGGGGAGGGGUGGUUAAGGAGCUGAUUCCUGUGUAAAAAUGGUGAGGACAAUCUUCAACAAAUUAGAAUUAAACCCUUAAUUAAGACCUUGGAUCUGGGCUUGACGGAAGCUUAAUUUGACCCUUAAAAUCACCAUUACAAAAACAGAGCCAAAUAAGAGCUAGGGUAAUUUUAACGGCCAGUAAUAAGAGCGCUAGGGUCGAUUGCUUAAUAAGUAAUCGGUUCCUGGCUUUCGUUAUAGAGCGUUUUCACAUAACGUCAAGGCGGCCAUAUUGGUGUCCAAAACAAUGAAACGGCGGCCAUGUUGGUGUACCAAAAAAAUCCUUUGGGAGUUGAACUCUUUUCUUAUGUAAAUGCUUUCUUUUAUCCCAAUAAAUUUGCAUAGAUGCUGGCCACGUGAGUGAAAACGCUCUAUUUCUUCAAGUACACCUCUUUCUCAUGACGCCACGGCGGCCAUAUUGGUGUCCCAAAAGGAUGCAACGGCGGCCAUGUUGGUGUUCCAAACCAAUCCUGUUGGAGUUGAACUCUUCCCUUAUGUAAACGCUUUCUUUUGUUACAGAGAGUGAAAACGCUCUAUAAAGCCGCCGGUCGCAGGCCCAUGAUUUGUAAACAGGAAUUCAGUCCUUAGAUAUAUGCUUAUUUUUAUGUAUCUGUUUUUAUAAAUCUUGUUUGGUUAUGUUCCAAUAACAGUUAAAGGCUGCAGUUUUGAAUUUAUUUUAAUAAAAUAACGUAUGUGUCCCUAUCAGAUUGUUUCGAGACUUUUUAUUUUUAUUGCGCUCAAAGCCACCAGGAAUACACUGGGAGAAAUUAAUUGCGUACGCGAGGUGGCAAAACUAGUCACGUGAUCUAAGAACUGAACCAUGCUCAACCUAAGAGCUGUGUAGUCGUGGGGCCGAUCGAAUGUGUAGAUCAUCGAAUUUUUACGGCGAAUUGAUGUCGAAGAAACUUUCAAGUGUAGAAAACAGUAUGGAAUUUUAAAAUGUGAACACGUGGAGAGGUAUGCUUCGAGAUGAGUGAAGAAUGAUAAAAAUGCUAAAAUCGAACUUGAGUGUAUCUGUUCUGGUUCAGUUUAAUCCUUGGUUUAAAUUUUACUUUCCUUUGUUUUGGGGUAUGCUGAUGUCUGAUUAACAGCAGGAGCAAUCGGUUCCUGUUAACAGUUAAACCUAAGGAUAAAACUGAACCACAACAUCACACAAAAUUUGCCACAUACACCCCAACAAUACCCUUGCGAAACUGUAUUAGCUUAGCAUCGGGCUAACAACCAGGAUUUUGCGGUAAACGGGUAGGUUGUACAAGAGAUUUGGCUUCUAAUUUUUUUAGGGGAGGAUCUGGGGGAAAGGGGAUCUUGGGUGCCCAUGCAGGUUAGUAUACUGUACAAUAACGCCCUCCUCACCCUGCGGCACAUUGUACACUCCCCCUUCUCCCAUCUUACAACUAAUACCCCUUACCAUACUUCGUAUAUUAGGUGAACAACCCUACUACUCCUCCAAUCAAAACCCUAGAUUCUUCCUUUGUUUCUUCAAAGGUCAUCGAUCCGAUCUGGUCUGAUAUAUAAAUAUUCAAUAAUAAAAAAAAGCCAAGAAGGUACACUGUACAAAUAUCAAGAUAUCAAUUGCAGUGUCGAAGAAGGACAAUGAUAUUUAUUCAGGUAUCUAAACAUCUAGAAAACGAUUUAAAGAACUUAUCUUUCAACGCUCUUCGCUAAUUUGCUUGGGAAAUUGACGAGACACUUCUUGUUGUGUUUAUAUAUUACUUGAAACUCCUUUUAUUAUCUUCAAAAACAAAAAGAUCCAUUAGUAGUAUCCAUUUAAAUGAAAUCAUAUCGCGUUUGCAAAAGGAUAAGUUAAAAAAGAAAACAAGAAAUGCUACGAAAGGUUACAAGAAGGUCAUUAUUUGAAUGACCACCAUGUACAAUUGUCGAAAAAUACAGUAAAAGCAUGUGCUCUUGAAGAGACAUCAAGUAAGUUGUUAUCUAACAAUUGCGAGUACGUGUAACUUACGUCAGCGGAAGCGGAGGGUCUUCGUCUCGAAAAGAUAUGCCAUAUCUGACGAUUACAACGCAAUUUACCCCAGGAAAGCCGUGAAAAGCACCAAAACCACAGGAAAUACAAGAGUUCCAAUGGCUAAAUCAAGCCAGGAGGUUUAUUUUACUUCUUCUCUGAGUAUCCUCGCAGUAUUAAUCGUGUUAUCCAACGUUUGCGUUUGCUGUUUGGUUUGCUUCAACAAAGCUCUUCGGACGUAUCCUAACUGGUUGAUAGUGUCCCUUGCUGUAUCCGAUAUUUUAACAGGGGGAGUUUUACUGCCUGUUUACCUCAAUGAGCCCUCGUCAAUUGUCCCGGGUUAUUUAGCCUGUAUUAUAUUACUCUCAGGUGUUGCUAACUUAUGCUCUGUAACAUACGAUCGCUAUAUCGCCAUCAUGAAACCUCUCGAAUACCCGUAUCGGUCACCAGUGAUGUUCAAAAGAGCUUUGGUACUUUCGUGGCUGUUUCCAAUAAUCUACUCUCUACUUCCGCUGUUCUGGAACACGGAUCCAACGCGAGGUAUUCAUAAGGCCUACAUCAUAUGUUUGCAGUUCUUUGGUAUUGUUGUUCCAUAUAUCGUCAUUACCUUUGCCUAUGUGAGAAUAUUCAGACAAGUUCGAGGCAGCCUAGCAAUGAGAAAAGACUUUCGAAUUGAUCCAGCUCGAAGGACCAACAACGACAAGAGAAGCACUUCAUCAGAUUUCCAAGUUGCCAAAGUGUUUUGCAUAAUUUCGGCAGCUUUUAUCCUCUGUUGGUUACCGAUUAUCUACAUCACAACUGCCAGUACUAUAUUGAAUCGGCUUGAUAUUAUCCCUCAAGCUCUGGUGACCGUUUCAUUUUUCACUAUGGCGAUCAGCUCACUUGUAAACCCUCUCAUUUACGCUUUUCUUAAGCCAGACUUUAAGUUGGCUAUUCGGACUGUAUUUUCGAGGAGAACUCGCGCGCAAUCGCGUGAGUCCUCUUCUUGA